UGUACGGUGGACGUAAGAAGCAGCUCACGGAUACGCACGUUGUUAACAGGCGUUGCCCUGCAUCUGGUCAGACAAAAUGGCUCACAACACUGAUGUUUUGAACAGUCUCCAGACUUGCAUAAUCUGCUAUCACGACUUUGACAUGUCAGAGAAAGCUCCUCGCAUCAUUCAUACCGAUGAAACAAGUUCCAAGAAACACAUGGCUUGCACGGCCUGUUUAAAAAAGAUGUAUCAAACAAUGAAGCGUCUCGAAUGUCCGAUGUGCAGGAAGUCCAUAGAGGUGAACGGGUCUAUUGAAAACCUGCCAGUGUAUGAAGAUGACGUCACUCACUUGAAGCAAAUUGUCACAUCUGCGCUUAAGGUUGAUUGUUCAUCGUGUGGUGAUCCAGCUGUUUCAAGAUGUGAAAACUGCCACGUGUACUUGUGCGAGAUUUGUCAGAAAGCCCACAAGAAAAACAGAAGCUUCAGAAAUCAUAAUGUGCGUGCACUGUCGUCCCUCACAGAGGAUGAAAAGGCAAACUUUGAUGAGAUUAUCUUAUGUCCUGAAGAGGAUCAUGGGUUGGCCUUGGAUAUGUAUUGCAAAAGGUGUGAAACACCAUGCUGCUUGAAAUGUGAGGAACACCUUGAUCAUGGGUAUACCAAACUCAGAGACGUGGUUGAGCUGAAGGGAACAGCUAUCAAGGAAAAGGGAACACGUGCUCUGGAGAAGAGAACGCAAAUUCAAAGUGACAUCGCUAUUCUGAAGGAAAGAAAAGAGUCGGUGUUGCAGCGUCAAAAGCAGUCCCGAGAUGACAUUACGACUUCAGUCUCAAGCAUCAUCACAAAUGUUAAGAUGCACGAAGAGCAACUCCUGCAGAGAUUGGUCAAUGGAAACAAACAACUGUUGGAAUGGUUUGCCGUUGAAAUAAAGAAACGUUCAGGUGUGUUAGAAAUAAUGGGCAAGGUGGAAGUUUACUUCAAUGAAAAGAGACAGAUUGGAGAUAGAAAGAAACUGGAGCUCUACCAAAACAUUGAAAGGGGCCUGAAGAUGUUGGACGACAUAUCUCCACAAGUGAGAGUUGACUCAGAAGAAGGAGGAUGCUCCUUUGUACCUUACAAAGAACGGAUUCAAGAUUUUCAACACUUUGACAUUGGACGCAUCAACAUCUCGCACACCACAGAUGACGAUCAACUGUCCAACAGGGGGCGCACAAAUUCAGAAAGUACUGACACUGAAUUGAGAGUCCUUGCCAUUGGGAAGAAAAGGUCUGGCCGAACAAAGACUUUAAAUGCACUAAUGACACAGGAUGUAUUCAUAUCUGGCCGCCUCAUCAGUAGACCAGGGAUCGGACUCUGGAAGAGGGACUUCAAAGGUCGUUCCUUCCUGCUCAGCAAAACCCCUGGAUUUGACAGCAUUUUGGGAAGGGAUAUCGUUGCAGAGAACCAGGACAUCCGUCAGGUCGCAGACCACGGGCCACAUGCACUGCUUCUUACCAUAAGGAACCCCGAUGAAGACGUGACUAUCCUGAACGAAUACAGGAAGAUUUUCGAGGGAGACCUGUUUCAGUUCUUGAUCGUCGUGUUUACUGGGAAGAAAGACCUGGACAAGGUAGGCAUGCCCAUUGAUGCCUAUGUGCGGUCCAGGGGCCAUGGGGAUUUAUCAAAUGUGCUUGCUGGAGCGAAUAAUCGCUACAUUGCUGUUAACCCUGAUGACAAGGAAAGCCACCCUAAAUUUCGGGAAAAGCUCUUUAAGAUGAUACUUGACGUUGGCUCGGCGAAUGGCUACCGCUAUCUCACAUUACAGCCAAUCAGUCGCUGCUCAUCAUCCCAAAUGCACGUCUGAAGACAUAUGGACACCGACGUUUUUCCUACUUGUCAGCUAUCCUCUGGAACAAUCUGCACGUGUCUCUCAAAGAAUCCCCCUCAAUAGCUAGCUUCCAGUCUAACUUAAAAACUUUCUUGUUCAAGAAGCACUGUGACAUCUAAAUGAACUCCUAUUGUAAAUAUUUAUAUAGUUAGCGCCAUGAGCAACCACUUGGUGAUUGGAUAUAGGGCGCUAUACAAAUGGACUUAAUAUUAUUAUUAUUAUUACCCUGAGAUAUGCAGAAUGUUUGCAUUGAAACAAAUGUUACUUAUAUUGAACUGUAUGUCAUUCUAAGCAAAUGUCUUUACAGUAUAAAUGCCCCAACGGAAAUGCGAAAAUGGCACAUCUGUAUGAAAUACAAAGAAAUCAAUUGGGAGAAACUACUGUUGUAUUUAGCAAGGAGUAUGAUACAGUGGACUCUGUAUAAUCCGACACUCACUGGGACCUGGAAAAAACGUCGGAUUAUACAGAGUGUCGGAUAAUUCAAUGUCUCCUUGCUUGAAUACUUUUCAAUCAGUACCAUACACUGUAACUGGCUUGUAUCAUGAAAUUAAUGGUUAACAGCUAUUUUCUUGGUAAAUAAAGGGGAAAAACAAAUUCUGUAUAUACAGGUGCAUUUUCAUCAAUGGAUUUAUUAUCUUUAGUACAAUAUACAUACAUGUACUAAUAUCACAAUCAUAUUCAAUUUUAUUAAUUGAACCCUUUUCUCAGCCCAUUCAUCCUAUGCUUGACAAUACAUACCUAGGUCCUCUCAUUGGCCACUCAGCUUGUAAAAACAAAGGUACAGGCGUUCUCACGCUGCUAAUUACCUCCCAAUUAGCGAGUGCUGAGAUUACCAGUAAAAGGAUGUUAGCUGUCAACUUGCCAUUGGCAGGUUGAUUGUCUAUUUCAGUCCAAUAUGGGGAGAGGAUGUACAGAUUAAUAGUGUCAUUGGGAUCAGAAAAUGGUGUCGAAAUUAGAAAUGUACAGAUGUCGGAUAAUUCAAUGUUUAAAUGAUGAUAAUAUAGACGAACGCUGCCGGGACCCCAAAAAUAUGUCGGAAUUCACAGAUUGUCGGAUAAUUCAGAUGUUGGAUUAUACAGAGUCCAUUGUAUAUGCAUAUAUGCAGGACAAGACUGAUUGCGCUAUUAGCCAAUAGUGCCUCAGCAAUUCGCUGUGCAGGUUAAGGUUUCUUUGAAUUGCCGGAAAACUAUGAUCGUACAUUCGAAUUUCGUCCUGAUUAUGUUUCCAGGAUUGUCAGCUCUAUACCCGUGAUCUUGAGUUUCACGAGUGGUAAACGUAGACCUGCAUCACUUCGGACUUUCCCAAACCCCAAGCUGAGAUAAAUAACUGAAACUGUUCUCAUGGUUCCGAUUGCUUGAUUAGAACAUUUGUACUUUAUGGUAUAUUGCUUUCAAUGUCAUCACUGAUAUUAUAUAGUCCCACGUGGAAUGCUUUGUGUAGAAAUUUGAAACAAUAAACUGCGAGAGAAAAUAUAUUUUAGGGAUGGUACCAACUACUCUCGGAUAACCCAAUCUGUUAAAUUCGAAAAACAUUUACCUCUUUUCGUGGUCCUGAUUUUGUUUUAGAAAUAAGUCUGUUGUUUUGUUGAUUAAAGAAAACUGGUCCCAAGA